ACAGUCCUAGCUAACUACACACUUUGACCGUCUACCGUGAAGAUGAACGACAGGCUGUCUCUGCCUUCCGGCCAGUCUUCACCACAACCACUGGUGAUCGGUAAGAGGUUAGGGAAAAGAAAGAAAAUGAUCGUUUAUGAAGACGAAUAUGAAGAAGGAGAAGUAAAACCGCAAGAUUUAUUGCCACUGAUGAACAGCAACAUUAGUGACGAUGAUGAAGAAGCUAGACAGGACGCAAAGCCGACUGGACAUGUUGUUAGGGUUUCUGGAGAAGGAGAAUGGGUAACGAAACAUUUCAAAGGGUUUGAAACAGAUGGCAUCUCUUAUGAGCUCGAGGAUACCGUGCUUGUUAGUCCGGAAGAAUAUAACAUGAAGCCCUCUGUAGCUAUUAUUAAGGAUAUUCGAGAAACGAUAGAUGGGAGGAUUACGGUGACUGGGCGGAAAUUUUAUCGGCCGGAGUUUGCAGAAAAGGAAAAUGAGGGAAAUUGGGAAUCGAGGGGAGAAAGAGAAUUAUUUUAUAGUUUUGAAGAGAUUGAGUUUGCAGCUGAAUCGGUUAUGCAUAAGUGUCGGGUGCAUUUUGUUCCACCAAACAAAACGAUCCCGAAUGUUCGAGAAUAUCCUGGCUUUUUUGUUGAAAAGGCUUACGAUGCAAAAUUAAAGAGAGUGUGUGGGAUACUCGAUGUAGGGCAUGGAGACAGUAGGCAACUCGAACUUUUUGUGCUUGUUCAAAAAACAAUCGAUCGGAUCCCUAAUUGGCCACUCAAGUUGUAA